AUGGAGGGUGUCGCAUUGAGAUGGAGAGCUGCAAUAGUUGUGCUGCAAGGACUGCUGGCGAUGACCUUUCUUAUUUCAGGUACCAGUUAUUGCUAUUGGAAUGUCCUCGAGUUGCAGACCUGGGUGGUUGGGUGGGCACCAACUAGAUUUGCACGGAGAAACAAGAAGGAAUUCCACGGUAAAUGGAAGCAUUUCAGAAAGGGACAACCAAAAGUGUUCAAGGGGGUGGAAUGACUCUCCUAUGAGGAAAAUUUGCAGCACCAGGGACUUUUUAGUUUAGAGAAAAUAUGAGAAAGAGUUCACAGGAUAGAAGCUCAAGAAUUGUGUGUGGCAUGGAGAAAGUGGGUAGAGAACCAUCUCUCUCUCUCUCUCUCUCUCUCUCUCUGUGUGUGUGUGUGUGUGUGUGUCUCAAAGCACUAAAAAUCGUGGACACCCAGCGAGACUGAAAGUUGGCAGAUUCCGGACAGAUAAAAGACCUUCUUCACACAGUUCAAAGUUAAACUACAGGAGACAGGGAUGUCCACCCACCUGCCUUUCAGCUUGACUUCCCUUGUUCUUCUCAAGAGCUUGGACAGCUUAGCUGGUAGAGCAUGAGACUCUUAAUGUUAGGGUUGUGGGUUCAAGCCCCACGUUGGGUGAAAGAUUCCUGCAUUGCAGGGGGUUGGACUUGAUGACCCCCGUGGUCUCUUCCAGCUCAACAAUUUCAUGAUGCUAAGAUUCAGUGGUUACUAGCCAUGAUGGCUAUGCUCUCCCUUGAUGGUUGGAAGCAGUGAUGCUUGUGAAACCACAGGAAGGAAGAGGAAGAGCUUUUGGGUAUCUUAACGGCAUCUGGUUGGCCAAUGUGAGAGCAAGAUGCUGGACUAGGUGGGCCAUUGGCCUUAUGCAGCAGGUUGUUCUUAUGUUCCUAGUUCCUGUGUUCUCACAUUGAAGUAUGAUGCAUGAAAAGUGCAGGGGAGUGGGCAAAAUAAAAUCAGUUUAUGGAGCACUAAGGAGACGUUUUGCAUGGUUAGAAAAAUGACAGGAUUAAUGCACUAGGAAGUUCAGGUUAACAGCCGGACACUGAGACAACUAGCCCAUCUGGAAGUGCCAUGAUGACAUUAUGUUUUGAUGCUCAGCUCUGUAAAGAAGAAAAGAGCUGUAACUGAUCAUUAACUGAGAAAGCAGACUGCUUUGUGUGUCUGCUUUGUGUGUACUCUGUGCUCGUGAGGCACAUCCAUGUUAAUGGGUGUGGCAUUGUGUUGAACCACCAAAGGAGAAAUGUUCCAGAAGGCCUGCAAAUGCCGUAUUGGUAGUCGGCCCCCCAAAUAAUUGGCAAUUCUUGAGAGAAUGAGCUCCUAUAUGCUCAUAUUCACUUGCUCUGAUAUAUGCCGAUUCGCUUGCUUUGAUGCUGUGCUUAUCUGUGGGCUGUGGGAUGCUGGUCCAGAGAGAGAGGAAGCUUUCAAUAGCUGCCCCCUAUGGCCUUGCCAGCCAGGUUUGAUGGGAGGUGCUAGGCAAACUAGCCUAUGUUGCUUUGCGCAUAUAGGCUGUGUGAAUGUUUUAUUGUUUGUUUGUUUGUUUGUUUGUUUGUUUAUACAUACCCCGCCCAUCUGGAUGAGUUUCCUCAGCCACUCUGGCGGCUCCCAAUUGAGUGUUAAAAACAAUACAGCUUUAAAUAUUAAAAACUACAGGGCUUCCUUCAGAUGUCUUUUAAAAAUAGGAUAGCUGCACAUUUCCUUGACAUCUGAUGGGAGGGUGUUCCACAGGGCGGACGCCACUACCAAGAAGGCCCUCUGCCUGGUUCCCUGUACCUUCAUUAUCGCAAUGACGGAAUCGCCAGAAGGCCCUCAGCGCUGGAUCUCAGUGUCCGGGCUGAACGCUUGGGUGUCAUGACGACCUCUCACAGUUGCACUAUCCGUCCCACAUCUGUAAAGGCAGUGAGACUCUGCAUGUUGUAUUAUCAGUUUCUUUAGUAAAGCUCUAGGACUGGUCAUUCUAUUGUUUGGCGCAUCCUUCUUUGGUAUCCCUGCGUCACACCAACUGCUCAGGCCUUCCUCUGAGCCUGCAGUUCAGGACAUUUGACGUAGUUGGCAGGAUGCCAAAAUAAGGAUGGGGUGGGCUGGACUGGGAUUCAGCGGUUGCCUAAGGUGAAGGCAUUGGACUGGUCCGUUGUCAUGCCAGAUCCAGCAGCCAUAACCACUGCCCUCGAGGGAUUAAGUUUGACAACUGAAGUUUGUGGGAGAAGGGACACUGUGGUCGUGGUAGGCUGGCUGUUCCUGUCUGUGCUGAAAUCUGUUUUUCUGCUUUGAUGCAUACUAAUCUUUUAUGAGCAGCCCCGCCCCAGUGGCAGGGUCCUCUGUCUGUUUUGGGACUGCUGCUGGGGGGGAGUGUCUUUAUGACGUCAGUUUAGCCCUGUCUGCAAGGAGGAGAAGGUCUGGGCAGCAUCAAGUAAAGAGAAGGCGGAGUCAUGUCCCCCAGGAGCUUUCCCGGAAAGUGAUUUGUGGUUUGACUUGCUUCCUGCUGGCACUCAGUAGAGAGGCAAUGCUAAGCAGCCUGAUGUAGUGUUUUUAAAAUUGUGGGAAAACCUACCCAGGGAGAAACAGGAAAUGAAGAAGACCUGAGCCUUCUGCUCCCCUCCCUGCUGAAGAGGGACAAGUGGGGAGGGGGUGUCUCAGCUCUUUCCGCUGAGUGACAGCUGUCAGUUAAGAUUCUGUAUCCUGCCUCUAAGCAAGUGCAGUAAAAGCAGUCGGACUAGGAACUGUGAAACGUGCUCCUGUGGAGCGUUCUGCCUCCACUCAUUUUAUUUUAUUUUUUAUUUUGGUUCAAAUUGAUUCUCAUUAUUUUGACCCAAAUCAUACUUCUAAGCUUUCAGUAAAACAGUAAUUAAAAGCCAAGAACUCUUAACACGUGAAUAAACAAUUACAGAAAUACAGAAAAAAAUUACAAACAUUUCAAGUUUUGCUUUUAAAGUUGCAGCAACCAAGCAACCACACUUGGGGCAGGGGGCACUGUAAAAUUUCCCAAAUUGUAGAUGAAUUAGGUAGUGCUUUCUUUUUUAUUAUAUUCACCUUGCUCAUGAGUCCCAAAACCUAUUCGCUUUUUCUAGGGAUGUUCCAAGCCCUGCCCCAAGGUCAGUUGUGUUUCCUUAUUGUAUGCCAUGCUUGUCUCUGAUGAUUUAACUUUUCUGGAUUGGUGUGUUAAGGAUAUGCAAGACCACCUGCAGUGCCAAGCGGUUGGGCAAAGGUCAAGGACCAUGGAGGUGAAAUAAGGGUGCACUUAUUCUAUGUGUGUCCCAGGGGACAUAUAGUAGGGCAUAGGGUGGCACCCAACAGAUGUAUAGAGAAAAGAAAGGACGGGUUGCAAUUGGCAUUUUUCUGGCAACAAAGUGAAAAAAAUUGUAGCAGCUUGUGAAACUUGCUGGAAGCAAAAGCCCUUGUUUUACAAGCUACCCAUUUGCAGGCUCUCGCUGAGGGCAGAAUGAGCAGUGGGCUGGGUGUGUUUCAGCAACAGCUCCUCAAAGGAACUGAAACCCGGUACCCACUUCUUGGAGAGCAGCUGUGUAUCAUGCUUUAGAGCCGCAGAAUGCAUGAGCAUAUUAUUGGAACAGCAAUUCCGAAUUCUGCCUGGGUCACCCAAAUCCCUGAAGGAGUGGGCCCCCAUGCGGUAUGGCUGAUGAACAAUUGGCAGACUGGGAGGGGGUCCCCCGUGGAAGAGCAAAAGUCUUUUCCAGUUCCUGUAUAUUAAAUGGCCUCAGCCCAGUAUACCUGAAGGAGCAUCUCCACCCCUAUCAUUCAGCCCAGACACUGAGGUCCAGCUCCAAUGGCAUUCCGGCAAUUCCCUCCCUGUGAGAAGUGAUUUUGCAGGGAACCAGGCAGAGGGCCUUCUCGGUAGUGGCACCCACCCUGUGGAACACCCUCCCACCAGAUGUCAAGGAAAUAAACAACUAUCUGACUUUUAGAAGCCAUCUGAAGGCAGCCCUGUUUAGGGAAGUUUUUAAUGUUUGAUGUUUUAUCACUUUAUUAUUAUUAUUAUAUUUUGUUGGGAGUCACAAUCUGAUGGAUGGGGUAUAUUAUUAUUAUUAUUAUUAUUAUUAUUAUUAUUAUUAUUCGAGUGUGGAAAAUGCACCCUGGUGUACAAUUGAUUAUAUGGGCCCUGGACGGAGUGCAACUGCUCAGGGGCAUGAUAGACCCCAACUAUUGAGGAGAAGUAAAACUGAUCCCUGGAAAAGACCCGGAUGUUGGGAAAGAUUGAGGGCACAAGGAGAAGGGGACGACAGAGGAUGAGAUGGUUGGACAGUGUUCUCGAAGCUACCAACAUCAGUUUGACCAAACUGCGGGAGGCAGUGGAAGACAGGGGUGCCUGGCGUGCUCUGGUCCGUGGGGUCACAAAGAGUCAGACACGACUAAAUGACUAAACAACAACAAAACUGGUCCUGCAAGCUCUGCAGACAUUGCCCUGUCAGGCUGGGGGAAGUGGGCUCAACUCCAACUGCUGGCCACUGAAAUUCUGAGCAUGGCUGGGACAGCUACUAGUUCAAUGCUGGUGCUGGCAGAGGAUGUGCCUUGGGUUGAGCCUAACCAAUAUUUGUUUGCCCAUUAGCAGGCUGCCCCUGAGUAGAUAGUGGUGGUCAUUGUUAUCCUACUGUGUGUGGUCCUGGAACUCCUAAGCUGGCUUGUCUCCAUUGUGCCAGGAUGUUCCAAUACCACAUGUGGACUGGGAGCUUGGGAAGUUUGGCCGUCGUGAUGGAGACAGCAAAGGUUUCUGCUCCAAUUGGAUGUAUCGUUCAGCAGCAAACACUGACUCACAUGAUUGCUGCAUCUGCACGCAGAUGCCAGUACAUGGACAAGGAGGUAUUCCAGUAUAUUUCAAGGUGUUGAAUGAAGUCCAAGCAAAGGCAGUUGGCAGGGAGGUGCCAAAUUUUGGCAUUGCACCAGCUGCCACUGAGCUUUGAAACACCAACAUGCACUGAGACAGGAGAAGCUUUCAAUAGCUGCCACCUAUGGCCUCGCUGGCCAGGUGUGAUGGGACAUUUGGAGAAAACUGAUGCAUGCUGCUCUGUGUAUCCAUUCUGUAGGAAAGUUUGCUUGGGUGUGGACUAGUCAUGUCAACAUUUCACUGUUGCAGAGUCCGUCCUGCAUCUGUGAAGGCAGUGAGGCUCUGCACACUGUGCUGUGAGCUUACAUCUUUCUUUAAUAAAGUUCUAGGACUGGCCAUUCUGGCUUUUUUUUCUUCAUCCUUCUUUGGUAUCCACUCAUCAAAGCACUCACUCAGGCCCCUCCUAUGGGCCUGCGGUUCAGAAAAGGCACUUGGCGCAAAUCUUUGCUUCCUAAGAACUUCUGCUUUCAUGUUAAAAGGGGGAAACCAAUUUCUAGUCUCUGGUGAUUUCAAGGCAGGAUGACAUUGCUGAUAGCCUUUCCAGGAUCUCAUACCCUUUCUCCCCACACUUCUUUUCAGGAAUUUCUGCCUUGAGCUGUCAUAGCUCCAGCACCGUGAAUCAUUUCACUCCGCACAAGGGCAACACCACAGUGUAUGUCUCCGCAGUGGGUGGCAUUAUCAACUGCUCCAGUGCUCAGAACGUUUGCACAGAUGCACAACUUACAUUAACUAUAGGUAAGUGCUGCUCCGCCAGAUGGAUCCUGUGUGGCUGCAAGAUUUUUGACAGAGGAAAAGCAUGCAAUUACUUGCAACCCCUAAAAUUCCUAGUGGAUCAAAACAUAUUUUAAGUACCUUAAUUCCGAAUGCAUGCAAAGCAUCAUUUCAGGCUUGAAUUGGGGCCUGAAAUGAAGCGUUGCAUGCAUUCAGAAUUAAGAUACUUAAAAUGUGCUUUGAUUCCUCUUAUUUUAUAUUUGCAUAUUUUUGGACAAACUUAUCUCUUCCAUUGCUUUCUUUUUAAAUAAUAAUUUAAAAAAACCCAUAGCUAUUGUUAAGAGUUGUCACAGACCCAGUUCAGAUGUAACACUAAGCCAGAGUUUAGUGCAGACACAGGGGACCUCUGGCCCCUCCAGAUUUUGUUGGAUCUCAACUCCUACCAUCCCUAAACAUUGGUCAUGCUGGCUGGGGAUGAUGUGAGUGGAAUCCAAUAUUUGGCAUUGGACCAGAUGACACUUGUGGUCCUAUCCAACUCUACAAUUCUAUUAAAUCUGGAGGGACAGAUUCCUGUCCACAAUGAAGUGUUACAAGAGCGACCUUCUGUAAGUUUGUCUGGGUUUUGACAUCACAGAGAACUAUGCCUAUUUCAAAUGUGAUAGCAGAAACCAAAUAAUGUAUAAAUCACCCCCACCCAGAGCAAAAAUUGUCUUUGGAAAACUCUGCCACUGCAUCAAUCUAUUGUUUGUAUAUAUGCAUCUCCCCUUGUUUUAGAUAAAGAAGUUUUGAUAGUGAGCCACAAAGGCUGCACCAGCAAGGACCUUAAGAAUGAAACAGAAUUUAUAACCUCUGGUGACCGACACUUUGCCAUCCAGUUCAAUGAGAGCUACUGUUUUGAUGACCUUUGCAAUGUGAAAACAGAAACGAGGGAAGUUCCCAGGACCCCUAUUGAGGACGGAGGUAUUUUUUUAGUAGGAAUUCUGACCGUUAAGGGAGAACUCACAGUUUCACUUGUUGUGUGGGUGGUGGCCAAUAGGUUUUCAAUAGCUUGAACAAUUCAAUUUUGUAGAUUUCUAAGGCAAAUGGCCCGCUUCCCCAACCCUUGGGCUUGUGUGCCAAAGAAAGCUAACACGCUUCUCAAUAAAUGUACAAAACAGUGUGCUUUAGGAUGUGAUUUAGCUGUGAGAGCAUGGGAAAGGUUUGGAGGAAGCUGUGAGGGGAGUGGGAACAUGGAGUGACCUGUAGGGGAGGGAUGAGCUGGGGGGGUUAGGUGAGGGGUGAGUGAGGGGUAAAGGGAGGGGACUUGCUCAGGUGUGGGGCUUGAUGAAGGGUCUGGUGGGUUUGGCAAGUGGAAAAAGGCAAGGGCAUCAGCACACACUUAUAAGUUGAAGAACUGCCUUGGAAAAUUUGGGAAAGUGUGAAUUUCGAAUGAUAGCUCCUUCUUUCUUCACACAUCGACCUAUAUUCAUACACAUUCAUUUCAGUGGGUUUACCCUGAGCACUUUUUUUUUUACUUUUAAAAUUCCUUUAUUGUACAUAUAAGAUAAAAUACAAAUUACAAACAUUGAAAAGAGGGGGGAAAGAAAAGAAAAGAAAAGAAAAAGAAGUAGAAAAAAGUAUGUUAAGAAAAAAGAAACCUUCCGACUAUACCCAUUGUACUAUUUUGCAUUUUGAUUUUGUUUUUUACACAGUUUCCUAGAAUUGCUUUUCUCUUUCUUAAUUCUGUUUUUCCUCCACCGUUACAUUAUGUUACAAGACUCAUUCAAUAUCUGCCAGGAGACUUUAGUUAUCACAGUAACUAUUGAGAUAAUAUUUAAAUACUAUCCAUUCUUUAUUAACAUCUUGUAUCGAAUGUCCUCUCGCUCUGAGUACAAUUGUAGCCUGAGUACAAUUAAGGUACUGAUUGCUUUGAAAAGCGCAAAUUAAAUAGGUUCACUUUGAUAUGCAAAGCAAACCGAAAUAACCCCCCCCCCAUCGUUAUUGAAGAGACGGAAUAAUGGGGGGGGGAUCCUAUAAAAGGGAGUCACCCUUUUCCACCCAGCCCCACAUUAGCAGCUUAAUGGGGUGAGUGUUGCUCUACAGGCCCCUUGUUCUUCAUUUUGAUUUCCUAUUCCAGCAGCUGAACCAAGCGGCUCCAACCAGUGUUACUCAGGAUUUGCUUGGGGCCCCAGUGAAACCGUCCAGCAGACUAUGACAUGCGGCAGGGGCUACAACCGGUGUUACAAUGGCACCAAGAGCAUUUCAGUAGGUGAGUUCGCCCUAGGAAAUUUAUUCCACAGUUCCUGGCCUACAAAACAUUUUGCCCCCUGCUGGACUUGUCGGGAAGCAUGCCUUGCAAUUAACUGUUCCACAUCCCAACCUAUGAAGGUGUCUUUUCCUUUGGAGAUUAGGUGGGUGCAAUGCUCAAAUUAUGGGAGAAAGCAGAGAGGGAGCCUGAUAUUGCUCCACUCCUGACCUCUAAUUUUACCAUACCAAUGCCCUCUUUCUCUUCUAAAUACAUUAUUUAAAGGGUGUGUUUGUGCUUUAAUUCAAACAAGUGAUGGUUGGUGACCAGAAACAAGGCCUUCCUUCUCCAUGAUGGUAAAUUGGUUAUGGAAUGCACCUAAGUUUUAGGCACAAAGUUAAAACAAUUUCACCUGCCCACGUGUUAGAAACUCAGAUAUAUAAUCAAGGUGCCAAAUGGCUCCUUAAACCAAGGUGACAGUCGCAAAAACGGAAUGUCCAGUUUCCAUUUGGGGGCAAGAUGGCUCUAAAGUCUUGGUCUUCAAAUGAUGGACUGACUGUGAUUGAUUCUCAGUUAAACAUCUGGCUAGAUCCAGGGACAGUCCACAUAUAUCUUGGCCUAUUCCUAUCACUUUUUCUUAAUGGUGACACAGGCCAUUUGUAACGUAAGAAUAUUCUUCACAGUUGUGAGCAGGGCAGUGGGGCGGGGAAGACAAGUGACAACAAUUAGCUAUAACAUUGUUCACUGCUUCUGUUCAGGCUACACUGAAAAAGCUUUUUGCUUCCUGAAAUUCAUUCUGAUUGUGCAGAUAAAAUAUAAUGGACAGAACUCUACAGGAUGUGGUAUUAGUGUGUGGAAACAGUUGAGAUCUGAUGAUCCUCAGGCAUGCACCUCCUCCAGUUGUUGAUGUCAGGUGCCAUCCUGGCACUUGGUCGCAGGUGGCUGAUAGCAGGUGGAGAAUGCAAACUCUUCUGCCUUCCUCUCACUUGAAGACUGAUUUCUUUACAGAAGCCUUUGCCAGCCCUGGUGCCCUGUAUAAGUUGGCUGGGGCUGAUGGCAGUUUGAGUCCAUGACAUAUGAAUGGCACCAAAUUGGUGUAGACUGAUAUACAACUUCACUGUGGUACUCUCUCUAUUUAGCAAUUGUCUGCUGAUUUAUUCCCCUUGGGGUUGAUCCAGUGAUUGCAGGGGGUGUUUUGAUGAGGUGACAUCUUAAUGGUGCCUAAUAGUAAUAAUAGUAAUAGUAAUAAUAAUAAUAAUAAUAAUAAUAAUAAUAAUAUCACCUGCAACCUACUUUGAGAAUAUAGGCACACUGAAAACUGGGGUGUGACAAGCUGCUUCUAAAUGAAAUAAAUGUAUCUCACCCCUGUUCAGAUGUGCCUGAGGCCCCUUGAUGGAGAUGACAUAGAUGUAUUCCUUUUCAUGUAACUACAACAACAGCAACAAUUUUAUUAUUUAUACCCCACCCAUUUGGUUGUGUUGCCUCAGCCAUUCUGGGCAGCUUCCAGGACAUAUAAAAACAUAAUGAAACAUCAAUCAUUAAUAAGAGCAAUCUGAUCCAAUGUAAAAAAAAAAGCCACAAUAACUUUAAAAUAAACAACUUAUGUGCAAAUAUGAUUUAUGUUUGUGGCCAAAACCAAUACAAAAGAUAAAAGACAUAAAAGAGAAUAAAAUAUAUUGCACAGUUAGAAUAAAUAUUUAAUAAUUAAUUUAAUUUAAAAAUAAUUAAAAUUAAAAUAAUUAAAACCGAACGUUAUGUCAGUUCAGAGUUUGCUCCUCUGAAGAACUUACUCCCACAGAUUUUCACCUCAGAAUUGCCACUCUAAGGCAAAGCAGGCCGCUUUUUCAAAGAUGUAGGGGGACCUGCCCCCUAAUAAAAAUUUAGGCACGUUGUCUGAGCCUUGGUCACACUAUACUCAUGGGUGUGGGCUACCCCUCGGGCUCUACACUCUUCAGGAUUCUCUGUGGCGUCCUACUGCAUUCUGGGAGAAGAGGGGCAACAGCCCUCAUGCCUAACAUUUUGUGCCUUUCUUGUCUUCCCUUCCCUUCCCACAACAGGACCCCUUUUCGUGUCCAUGAUCUUCAGGACCUGCCAGCGCCCAGCCUGCGAUGUGUCUGAGAGCCAAUCCUUCGGCCCUAUAAAUAUCACCAGUGAGUCAGGGUCUUGUUGUUCAGGCAGCAAUUGCAACAAGGAGGAGGUUGACAUUCCGAACAAGGGAAUCAACCCAACAGCUCCUGUCAAAAUAGCUUAUGAUGUGAGGAACAUCGCCAACCCAAACCUCUUUUAUGAUCAGGAUGAGGAUGAGGGUGAUAAACUUGAACGUACAGAAUGGCUAGCCCCCCUGCAGUCAGGUUUCCAAGGGCUCAGCCUUCAACUUUGCCCUCUCCUGGCAGCCCUAGGAGCCACCGUCCUCGGGAUAUGGGGGUGAGGAAGGGGGUUUGGGAGCACCUGAACUGCUGGAACCUGCAUUUGGGUUUGGAAGGGCUGUGUUGUGGAGCACAGAGGAAGGCAGAAGGGAGGGGAAUUAGCGCUCCAAGACAGUGAUCAAUCCCAACCAAUUGCAUGUAUGGCUCAUAUAUAUAUAUAAUAAAAUUUUAUUUUGGAUGGCCACCGCCUUGGGGUCUGAUUCUCCCUCCCAAAACCAAGCAAUUUGUUUGCUUCCCAGGACCCCACCUAUUUGGGCUGUGAUUGCAACAUACUAAGGGCUAUACCCAACUCAGUUCUACUCAGGCAAUAAACCUCUUGAACAACAAUGCUAUUAUAAGUACCUUGGCUUGGGUUUUAAUUCAAAACUGUCCUGGAAGCCACACCUACUCGCAGCUAAAUUGAAAUCCUCUCACUCUUCAUUAUGGUUUUCCAGAUAUAGUUGCCCCCACAGUUGAGGUAUUUCAAAAGACGAUUGUGCCACAAUUAUUGUAUGGUGCACAGAUUUGGGGAUAUAGUAAUGGCCGCCCGUUAGAAGUGGUGCAGAACUCUUUCCUGAAGUCUCUGUUGAUUGCCCCAAAGGCACAUCCGCCCCCUUUUUAAGAGCUGAACCAGGGCUAAUCUCCUGACAAACCAGUGUACAUGUAGCAUGUAGUACUGGCUGAAGUUGGCUAGCAUGAGUAAUACUAGGCUCCCUAAAAAAUGCUUCUUAGAGCAAUUGCAAUCUAUGCCCCAAAGCUCUUGGGCAAACUCAGUCAGUAAGAUUCUCCAUUAUUAUGGGAUUAAUGUGGAAUCCCUACCAAAUCUUGCCUCUAACAGAGUCAAACAACGCAUCAAAGAAAAAAUUUAUUCAGACUCUAAAUAGAGGGACCUUCAUUCACUUUCCCAGACAGCAUACUCAUCAUGGUAUCCAAUAUAUAAAACAUCUUUUGGGCUGGAGGAGUACUUUAUUAAUCUCAUGCUUCAUUGUACACCCUCUGCAUAUCUAAUGGGAAUACCCUGUGUACCAAAGGCUCUGCAUCUGUGAGUCGUGAGACAUGGAGGACAUUCAACACUAUUUGUUAUGAUGCCCUUUAUAAGCCCUUGUCCCCUAGACAAGAAUUCCUCGAUUGCAUCCUUUGCUCUCUUUCUAACUGAACUCCCCUUGAGCGAAUCUCUAUUUUGCUGGCUGGCAAUAACGUAUUUACUACUGCACUGGUUGCAAAAUUUGCCUUGGCUGCAAGUAAGUUGAGAGCUAGGCACCAAGACAGGUAUCAUAAGGGGAAUGUGAGAAGUGGAGUGCUUAACUUAUGCAGGUGUAAUUUUUGCAUUUUUGUAUGUAUGCUUUGCUAUUGUUGUUGUUGUUCAGUUUUAAAUCAAUUAUUUGUAUUCUACGCAUCGUGACCAAUUGUGAUGGCUUAUAGCUUUUUCCAAUAAAGAUUUCAUUCAUUCAUCAGCAGAUCCGAGCCACUGAAAUCAAUGGACCCAAGUUAGCCAUGCCCAUUAACUUCAGUGGGACUACUCUCCAUAGGACUGGCAUUGGAGACAACUCAUGAACUACAUAUUCAAUAUAAUACUAUAGAUUUUGUGGUACCCCUAAACCCUAGAAAUUAAUAAAUGCUAGGAUGUUGAUUAUUUGGGAUAUGAAGGGAGAAUAGAAGCUGCAGAGGAAUUACAGGACUAGCUUCUGCAAAAUGACCUGGCCAAGCUAGGGUCGUUAAGGAACAAAAGGUGGCCCUAGAGGGCCAUUGGCAAUGCAAAACUUUUUUUUUUAAAAAAAGCAUUUUCACAGUAUUUUUUAGAUGUGUGUAGAUUCUACCAAGGAGAAUUUGAAGCAGGGCUGGUGAGGAGUGCCGUCUGGGGAGAGUCACAAGCAGGGAUCGGCACCCUAAGGCCAAUGGUCCACAAGCGACCCAUGGGGGUUAUUUAACCGGCCCAUGAGCUGCCCCCAAACCAAGCCACCUGCUCAGAGAGUCCCCGUGCGCUGCAGUAAACCGGCGUAGUGCGGAGCAGGGACAUACUUCUAUGUUGUUGGAAAUUGUGUCUGCGCUUGCGCAGACACCAAAAAUCACGUCUGCACAGACACAGAUGCCAAAAAUCACACACUGAAAAUCACACACACAUACAUAUUCCGACCCACAGAAGGAUCUCCGCUGGAGUGAACUGGCCCAGGCGAGGUAAACCUUGCCGACUAUUGGUCAUAAGGAACCGAUACAGAGGGCUCUGGAGGGCUGAAUUUGGACCUCUGGCCUAGGAUUCCUCCCUGUUUAGGGAAGUUUUACAUGGACCGCCUCUGAACAUACACAGAGUGCCUUUCCCCACACCACUGAGGACCUUCUCUUUUGAAAGUUGCUGCAAACGGAAGAAGGGGAAAGUCAUCUUUUGUUUGGCUGCUGCUUGAGGGUUUCCCACAGGCCUCUGGUUGGCCACUGUGAGAACAGGAUGCUGGCCUCAAUGGGGCCAUUUUCUUACAUUCUGAUGUCUGGGUAUUAAGUCCCACUGAACAAAGCAAGGCUUGCUUCUGAGUACUGAAUCAGGCACUAAGUUACUUGUUGAGAAAGGUGUGGAGUGGAGACUAGCGGCUGGGGAAGAGUGAGACUCAGGACUCCUGGGUUCUCUGCUCUGCUCUCUGUGUUGCAAAUUAAGGCAGAGGAGCUGGACACCUCUUCUGACUGGAGAAAUACUGGUGGCCAUUGCUUUUCUUUCAUUUUUGAAAACAGAUACAGUGGUACCUCAGGUUAAGUACUUAAUUCAUUCCUGAGGUCGGUUCUUAACCUGAAACUGUUCUUAACAUGAAGCACCAUUUUAGCUAAUGGGGCCUUCUGCUGCUACCUGCUGCUCUAGAGGGCCAGUGGCAAUGCAAGAGAACGGUCCUUCCCCCCUCCCUGAGGUGUGAACAGAGACUGGGGGUUUGGAAGCUUGCCAGGGGAACCAGGUGUGAGGUGACAGGAAAAGACAGUUUUGAGCAAAUGCUGCUGGGAAUAAGAAGAAGGAAGAAGAACUGGAAUGCAUCUUGGGUAGGCGGCCUAAAGGCUGGCAAAGAGAGAUGCCUUGGACUUCCUCUGGAAAGAACUCUACUGUACAAUCUGGACUCACUCCAUGCAGAUUUAAGGUGUAAAAAUUAUUAAGCAUAUUUAUUAAAGCUAUGAGUCUCCGCCAUGUCUCAAUUCUCCAAAGAAACACAGACUCUGAGUCAGUGCCUGGAACCCCAUGGGCUCCUGCUACCGCUUGGCAGAUAGAGGGGGACAACUUUUGUGACAAUAUCAAGAAUGGUAAUCCAUUCCAACAAUGGUAAUCUAUUCUACAGUUCUGUGAUUCCACGUUCCUACAACUAGAGAGCAAAGGUAACACAUGGAAGAUGACCCUUGAAUUCUUCCUUCCUUCCUUCCUUGAAAAAUCCACUCUUCACUCAACACAAUGCAAUAAAAACUACAUCAUAUUCUUCAAACAGGAGUAAGACUGAGAGACAAGAAUAAUCUAAUGUUGUUAAGUAGAACAAAUGUGAUGAAACAAUUGCAAAUGCCUGGCAAAUAAAACCCCACAAGAGGGACAACAGGUUUGGCUGAACAAUUGGGGUUUACAAUGAUAGAAGCAGCCUUUGGAGACUCUGUUCAGCAGUGAUUUUAGGGAAGACAAAGAUUGAUCCACUACAGACAUGAGGCACCUCAGGCCUGGUGGCUGAAUGCGGCCGACCAAAUGUCUCUGUGUGGCCCCCAGGACUUUCCAAAGGCUGUACUCCUUAUCCUCAGGUUGCAGCCCUCACUGUUCUUGACUCACACACUCCUCAAGUGAUUUUGCAGGAAUGAGAUGUAGAUUUGAACUAUGAAAUGCCUCUUGUUUUUCUGGAGGAAGGGUGGAGAUGUGUGUAUACAGGGAUGUGGAGAUUGAAUGACUUUUGCACAGCUGGAAUGUAGUUCACACUCCUGGCUCCACCUACUUGUUUGCCUCUGGCUCCGCCCACCACUGGUAUAAAACCCCAGACUGCCUUCUAAGGAAUACAGUUCUGGGCAACAGGAGGGGUCCCCCAACUCUGUCCCGUUCAGCUAGGUCAUGGUGCAAGAUCAGUGUUCCUUUGCCAGCGACGUCUGCAGAAUCUUCCACUCCAAACCAGAAGCCAUUAAUCAGAAGCCAUAAUUUGAUAAAACAGGGGCAUCUGGCGGAGAUGUCAGGUUGCACAAGUUACACAAUGUCCUUUUCAUAACAGACAGUUUAUUUCUGCUGCUGUUGCUGCUUCUGUUGGUGUUUGGGAAGACCGCUCCCUUCUUCAGUCAAUUCCAUCGGGCAAACGGGGCUGGGUGUUAAUCAGUAUGCAGAUGACACCCAGCUCUACCUCUCUUUUAAAUCAGAACCAGUGGAGGUGGUGAAGGUCCUGUGUGAGUGUCUGGAGGCGGUUGGAGGAUGGAUGGUGGCUAACAGAUUGAGAUUAAAUCCUGACAAGACAGAAGUACUGUUUUUGGGAGACAGGGGGAGGGCAGGUGUGGGGUCUCCCUGGUCCAGAAUGGGGUAACUGUGCCCCUGAGGGACCAGGUGCACAGCCUGGGAGUCAUUUUGGACUCACAGCUGUCCAUGGAGGUGCAGGUUAAUUCUGUGUCCAGGGUGGCUGUCUACCAGCUCCACCUGUUACGCAGGCUGAGACCCUACCUGCCUGCAGACUGUCUCACCAGACUGGUGCGUGCUCUAGUUAUCUCCUGCUUGGACUACUGCAAUGCGCUCUACAUGGGGCUACCUUUGAAAGUGACCCAGAAACUGCAAUUAAUCCAGAAUGCGGCAGCUAGACGGGUGACUGGGAGUGGCUGCCAACCACAUAACACCAGUCAUGAGAGACAAUCUUGCAUUUCUCGAGAUGAGCAAGAAACAAAUAAAUUUGAAAUUUCGAGGAAUCCUGGGACAAGAAGGGGAGGAUGUGAGAAUAAAACUGGUUACAGAAAUUGCAAAAAGGUUAGAGUUACCGGAAGGAAUCUCCUUUUAUUACAAAGAUAAGAAAUUCAAGAUCAGGAAUCCACAGGACACGGCCAAAUUUUGGAGGAAAUCUGCCAAAGAAUUGGAGAGGAAGGAGGAGGACAGACCUGUGCUUGGAGAACAGUUGGAAGAAGAGAAAGAGGAAGAGGAAAAAUCCCAAUCAUAAUAAUAAAAUUAUUUUAAUUUUAAUUGGAUAAAGCAUUAUCAUGGAAUGUUAAUGGACGUAAUUAGAAAGUGAAAAGAAAGAAAAUCGAACAUUUAUUGAUUUUUUAAAAACGGAUAUGAUUUGUUUACAGGAAACACGUGUUGCUAAAAAACACACAGAAGAGUUCUAAUAAAUAAAAGAUUGGGAAAUGCAUUUGUAACUUCAGCUGUAAAUAAUAAAAGGGGAGUGGUUUUGUACAUUAAAGGAAAACACAAUGCAAAAGAAUUGUUUAAAGACAAUGAGUGGGGAAUGAUAGGGGUCCAAGUCACACUGCAAGGCAACAACUUUAUCAUUGUUGGGAUCUAUGCAUCAAGUGAGAGGAAAUCAGACUUUUAUAAAGAAUUGGAGGAAAAAUUGUUUGACCAUAUGGACCAGAAAGUAAUUUUGAUGGGUGAUUUAAAUGGAGUGGUGUUGUUAGAAAUGGACAGAACAUCAAGCAAAAGGGAGGGAAACCUGGGAAAACUCCCAAAGGCUCUUUUUUCGUUGGUGGAUAAUCAUGAUUUAAUUGAUAUUUGGAGACUUAAAAAACCCAUUAACAAAACAAUUCACAUUUUUCUCUGAUUCAAAACAAGUUCUAGUAGAGUAGACCAAGUCUGGAUUCCCAAGGACUUAGCUCCAAGAACAAUAAGUACAGAGAUAUUGCCAAGGACAUUUUUGGAUCAUAAUUCCAUAAUUUUAGAAUUUAUACUUUUAUGUUCAACAUUAGGAAGUGGAGACCGCAAUGACCAUUUGCCAUAUGGGAUCCAUUGAUGAUUAAGCCUCACUGAAUAAGCCUACCCCCACUUCCUGCUGGUCUUCCUCUGUUCUAAUCGCUUGCUCCACCUCCUGCUUCUUGGAGACUCAGGUGCAGCCAAUUCCUUCUCCUCUGGAGUUGAAUCCAGCCCUCUACUACCACCUGCAUCCUGCUCCUUCAUCUCUGUGCUGCUGCAAAAACUUACAGGCAGCAGUCCAGAGUGAGGAGGGGUUAUCUCACUUUUGUUGUGAGAACAACUCAAGUUCCUGUUUUCCUCUGCCUCUUCCUCCCCCUCUGCAGACUCCUCUCUGCCAACCAUGUCUCUGACAAGUGGACUUUCUUCCUGGGCAUCAAUUGAAAGAUAAUGAGAGAAAUAUAGUUAGAAGAGAAAUAACAUUAGAAGAGCGACAUGCCAGUGUAAUGGAAGCACUGGAAGUGAUUGAAGAGUUUGGGCAAUAGGCAAGUUUUAAAUUAAAUAAAGCCAAAACAAAAAUGAUGGUUAAAAAUAUGAAUCAGGAACAAAUUAAAGAAUUACAAGAUAAAACAGGAAUCACAGUGGUCAAAAAGGUAAAAUAUUUGGGUAUCUGGUUGAUUCCCAAAAAUAUAAACUUAUUUAAAGACAAUUAUGUACCUGUGUGGAAAGAUAUUAAAAGAGAUUUAGAAAUUUGGGAUAGACUGAAAUUGUCAUUCUGGGGAAGAAUCUCUGUGAUAAAGAUGAAUGUGCUACCCAAAAUGUUAUUUCUGUUUCAGACAAUCUCAAUGAUCAGUGGAACAGGACAGUUUAAAGUUUGGCAAAAAGCAUUGUCAAGAUUUAUCUGGCAGGGGAAGAAACCUAGAGUAAAGUAUUAACUUCUUACAGAUAAAAAAGAAAGAGGCAGAUUCUCACUGCUGAAUUUAAAUAUAUAUUAUGAAGCAUCCUGUUUGACUUGGUUAAGGGAUUGGAUGAAACUAGAAAACACAGGUAGGUUUAGAAGGUUAUGGAAACAGAUUUGGGUGCAUGCAUAUUUGUGGUAUGAUAAAGUCAGAGUUCACAGAGGAUCAUGCAAUAAGAAUCAUACAAUAAGAAAACCGUUGUAUGAAGUAUGGAUGAGAUAUAAAGAAGUAUUAGAACAUAAAACACCAAUGGUGGGUUUCACCAGCAGAAGCAAUUUCAGUCAAGCGGUUAAAUAUGAAAGGUAAUUGGCCAACAUAUAAGGAGUUGCUAAUAGAAAGGGAUAAAGUGUUAAAAAUGAAACCAUAUGAUGAAACAUGUGAUAAGCUAACAGGUUAGGGUUACAGUAUCAACAAAUUAAUGAUGUAUUUGAAAAAGACAAAAGGAAGAAUGGCUUUGAGACAUUUAGAGCCAAGCUGGAAACCGAAUUGUUGGAAAGUAAAACAAAAAUCCUAUCUAAAAUGUACGAGUUACUUCUAGAAUGGCAUACAAAAGAUGAGGAAACUAAGGAAGUAAUGAUAUAAUGGCCAAUAGACAUUAUCCAUAACAUUGACUUUGAUAAAUGGUCAAGGUUAUGGAAUACGGGUAUGAAAUUUACUGCAGGCAUGACAUUGAAGGAAAAUAUAAUGAAAAUGAUAUAUAGAUGGUAUUUGAUCGCUACCAACUACGAUUUGCCGAUCAGAAGGUUGGCAGUUCGAAUCCCCGCAACAGGGUGAGCUCCCGUUGCUCGGUCCCAGCUCCUGCCAACCUAGCAGUUCAAAAGCACAUCAAAGUGCAAGUAGAUAAAUAGGUAUCGCUCUGGCGGGAAAGUAAACGGCGUUUCUGUGCCCUGUUCCGGUUCACCAGAAGCAGCUUAGUCAUGCUGGCCACAUGACCUGGAAGCUGUACGCCAGCUCCCUCGGCCAGUAAAGCGAGAUGAGCACCGCAACCCCAGAGUCAGUCAUGACUGGACCUAAUGGUCAGGGGUCCCUUUACCUUUAAACUAGCAAAAAUGUAUAGAAUGAGUAAUAAGCAUUUUUAGAAAUGUAAGGUUAAAGAAGGGGAUUUUUACCAUAUGUGGGGGACGUCUGAUAAAAUUAAACUGUUUUGGAACAGUAUUUACAAUGAAUUAAGAAAGAUGUUCAGGUACACCUUCCCAAAGAAACCUGAAGCUUUUCUGUUAGGAAUGCUAGGUGGGGAAAUAUCAAGAGUUGAUCAAAAAUUCUUUAUGUAUGCACAACAGCUGCUAGAAUUUUAUUAGUCCAAAAAUGGAAACAGCAGGAGUUACCAACAAUCGAAGAAUGGCAGAUAAUACUGACGGAAUAUGCGGAACCGUCAAAGCUGACCGGGAGAAUCCAGAACAAGAAUGACCAAGCAUUCCAGAGAGAAGGGAGUAAAUUCAUAUCAUAUAUAGAGAACCAUUGUAAACACAGAAAGACUCUAGAAUAAAACUCACAACGUUUAAAAUAAGUAUUCCACAUCUUCAUUUAUAUACACUAUUACAACUUUAUCAAACUUAUUCAGUGAGGCUUAAUCAUCAAUGGAUCCCAUAUGGCAAAUGGUCAUUGCGGUCUCCACUUCCUAAUGUUGAACAUAAAAGUAUAAAUUAUUCUUAGGAGAUUGUAACAUCAUUAAUUACCUAAACACCUGUUGUUACAAGAAAGGAUACCUUCUUUGCAGUAAUUCAGACAACACAGGAUAUCUAUAGAAGAAAUAAGUAAUGCAGGACCCCAGGAACACCAAAGUCAAUCAAAGAUAUUCUAAGUAAUAAUCAAUAGGUACAGGCAAUUAGAAUCUACCAUUCUUAAAGGAACAUAAUCGCAAUGAUAUCCAACUAGCAGAGAUCUAGUACAUUAGGUUUUUUACAUCUUCAUUAGUAUUUCUUAGCUUUUUAAAGAUUUAUCCAGUGUAAAUUAAUCAUAAAUAGAUUCCACCUGCUAAAUAGUCAUUGCUGUCUCCACUUUUUAUAUUGUAAUAAUCAAACUAUUAAUACGUGACCUCAUUGAUUACCUGAAUUAUAGCAAUAGAAACAGCCAUGGCAAAUGACUAGGUCAACACAUACCACAAUUGCCUCAUUGCGUAAAUCAAGUUCAGAAUACCACAACACACACGUAACUGGCUGUAAAGUAACAUAACAUUAUAUAUAAUGAAACUGUAAUCUAAUCGUCAUACCAAAAAAUUGCAAAGCACUGUUCCUGAUGGCAAUAAGAUAUCAUAUUACUAUUAUAUGUUUUUAUUGUCGUAAAGUCCAAGGAUAGUCAAGUCCAAAGACUGUCAAGUCCAAUGAUUACAAUGUACAGUUCCUGUUGGCAAUGCCAUUUCAUACUGAUAUCUUCCUUCUGCAUCGUCCAAUGUCUUAAAAGUCUACUGCUUUUCUUUUGUUUUGGAGAAAGAGAUUGAGGAAAGAGAGGGGAGGAUUUCUGAAGCUUUGAAUUUGUCUUUCUGCUUGAGAAAAAUAGGUAGAAAGGGGGAAGGAGGGAGGGAAAGGGGGGUGGGAACCCCUAGACAUCCGCCUGACUGUUUUUGUGAUUUUUAAUUUCUUUCUGUCAUGGAGAGAACAUUAGAUGAAGAAACAGAGAGUAAGAUAGGAUGGGAGAAGUGGGCGAGGAGAGCAAGAGACGCCAGCCUCCCUUUGCACUAUCUCAGCUAGUUGGCCAUCACUCAGGGGCUCACAUGGGGCUCCAUAUAAAUAUGAAAAUAUGGGUCCGCCCCUGUUGCACAGCUGCCUUCUUCUUUGGAUAAUCCUGCCAUCAACAGAACUGCUCCUGUCUCCUCGGGAAUUUCAACCUGCGAAGCUCUACCGAGCACAUUUGUGUCUGAUAUAUAUAUAACCAAACAGCCCAACUCUCUCAGAUCAUGGACUGCUUUUCCUUUUCCUCCACAACUCAUCAGGAAACUGGUACUUUGGCUUGGAGGGCCUCUUGGCUUCAGACCAUGGAGGGUGUCGCAUUGAGAUGGAGAGCUGCAACAGUUGUGCUGCAAGGACUGCUGGCGAUGACCUUUCUUAUUUCAGGUACCAGUUAUUGCUAUUGGGAUGUCCUCUAGUUGCAGACCUGGGUGGUUGGGUGGGCACCAACUAG